AGGCGACUGCAUAAGGAACUUGACGAAAUUCGCAGGUCUGGAAUGAAGAAUUUCCGCAACAUUCAGGUGGAUGAGGCGAACAUUCUGACUUGGCAAGGCCUCAUCGUUCCUAUGAACGUGGUACCUUCAGACAUUUGGGAAUUGCUCCAAAGGAUGAACCAGACUUGUGGAGGUCCACAAUAUUUUUUCUGAGGUCUUGGCUGAUUUCUUUUGAUUUUCCCAUGAUGUCAAGCAAAGAGGCACUGAGUUUGAAGGACAACCCUCCAUACGAUAAAGGUGCAUUCCGGAUCGAGAUAACAUUCCCUGCAGAAUACCCAUUUAAACCUCCGAAGAUCACAUUUAAGACAAAGAUCUAUCACCCAAACAUUGAUGAGAAGGGUCAAGUGUGCCUGCCGGUCAUAAGUGCUGAGAAUUGGAAACCUGCAACCAAAACUGACCAAGUAAUCCAGUCACUCAUCGCCCUCGUCAACGACCCCCAACCUGAACAUCCGUUGAGGGCGGACCUAGCAGAGGAAUAUUCAAAAGACCGUAAAAGAUUCUUUAAGAAUGCAGAAGAGUUUACAAAGAAACAUGGCGAGAAGCUGCCAGUGGACUGAUAUCACAUGGGCAUGUCUCCCGUGUAUCUCCUUUGCCCACUACUCUAAAACCGUCUCCCCCAAUCUGAGUCCCCGCCAGCCAGCGCGCCCUCUCCGUCAUCCCGCAAUGAGCCUGUGGAGCUCAUUGUCCCUUCCGCAGAAAGACUUCUGGGUGUUGAUUGGCUGGUGUAAUGUGUGUAAAUGAGAACUUAAAAAAAAAGUGGAGCGAUAUGGGGGCGAGGCUAAGGGGUUGGAAGGUUGUUUCUUUUAAUUUCUUCUAAAAUUGCACAGAGAUGUGUUCAGGUCAUGCAGUCUGCUGUGCGAUACUACAGAGUGUAAUGUUAAGUCGUUUCACUUUCACAUUUAUGACAUAAAGCAAAAUCCAAUAGUUCACUGUAUAGAAACACAAUACAUCAAGGUUCUAAAGGUGUGUGGCAAAUGUUUCUUUUAUAUUUCAUCUGUUUUUUAUGGUCUUUGCUUAGGUUGCACUGUUUUCUGUUCUUAAUAAUCUCAGUUUGUUACUCAUUAAAUCACUGCUUAGUCACUGUCACCGAUAUAAUGUUUAUGAUGUCAUAAAAGGGAAAGCAAAAA